AUGGCCCCGAGGCCGCCAAAGGCCGCGCUCCAGGAAUCGGUGACAUUCAGAGAUGUGGCUGUGGACUUCACCCAGGAAGAAUGGCACCAUGUGGACCCUGCUCAGAGGAUCUUGUACAGGGAUGUCAUGCUGGAGAACUAUAGCCACCUGGUUUUUCUUGGAUAUCAAGUUUCCAAGCCAGAGGUGAUCUUCAAAUUGGAGCAUGGAGAAGAGCCAUGGAUCCCAGAGGGAGAAAUCCAAAGACCUUCCUGUCCAGAUCAGGGACUUAACCCUGGAAAGAAACACCAUGAAUGUACUGACUGUGGGAAAACCUUCCUCUGGAAGACACAGCUUACAGAACAUCAGAGAAUUCACACUGGGGAGAAACCCUUUGAAUGUAAUGUGUGUGGAAAGGCCUUCAGGCAUAGUUCAUCCCUUGGUCAGCAUGAGAACGCUCAUACUGGAGAGAAACCCUACCAGUGUAGUCUUUGUGGGAAAGCCUUCCAGCGCAGCUCCUCCCUUGUUCAACAUCAGAGAAUUCACACUGGAGAGAAACCCUAUCGAUAUAAACCCUAUCAAUGUAAUGUUUGCGGGAAAGCUUUCAAAAGGAGUACAAGUUUCAUAGAGCAUCAUAGAAUUCAUACUGGAGAAAAACCCUAUGAAUGUAAUGAAUGUGGAGAGGCCUUCAGUAGACGCUCAUCACUUACUCAGCAUGAGCGAACCCAUACUGGAGAGAAACCCUAUGAAUGUAUUGACUGUGGGAAAGCCUUUAGUCAAAGUUCAUCCCUUAUUCAGCAUGAGAGAACUCAUACUGGAGAGAAACCGUAUGAAUGUAAUGAAUGUGGGCGAGCCUUCCGAAAGAAAACCAAUCUGCAUGAUCAUGAGAGAAUUCAUACUGGAGAAAAGCCCUAUGUUUGUAAGGAAUGUGGGAAAAACUUCAGUCGAAGCUCAGCUCUUACUAAACACCAGAGGAUUCAUGCUAGAAAUAAACUCUAG